AUGGAGCAUCAGAUCCCACAUCCAUCACACACCUCAGUGCAGCAGCCAAAGGCACUGCGAUUCGUCACCAACUAUGGAGCUCCGCAUCCCAAAAGACGACGUAUAGGUGCCGCUUGUAUGACAUGUCGGAAACGCAAGACUGCGUGCAGCGGUGAGCGACCGAGCUGCGACACUUGCCGACAGGGCAAACUUCAAUGUGCUGGCUACGCCUCGGAAACAGGAGGGACACCAGGUCAUAAGAGGAACGACUCGGAUGUUGGACUUAUGAAGCCUGUACAAGAUGUGGAACAGCAAACAGAGAAGAGGAGAUCCCGUUCGCCAAGCACACAUGCUCAUCGCACGAGCGCUGCCGCUCGAACACCACGUGCUGCCGCCGACGGCAGGACACAGACGGCGGAUGUCGAUCGAUCACAGGAUUCGCUGUUCUCUGGACCUCGCAAUCGAAUGCCAUACUUCCGCUGGCUUGGUCCCACCGCCAUCAUGCCUGGGUUUAAACAGAUGGUUGUAAAAGUGAAGCGGUCAGACACAGAAAUAGGUCGACGCACAUCUCUGGCCCUACCCUUCUACGACACUUCGCCGAUGCCGCCGAGUGAGCUGAUCACUCAUCUAGCGAAGACAUUCUUCACACAUCUCGGCUGCAAUUAUCCGUUCCUUCAACGGGAACGUUUCAUGCGAGAUCUGGAAGAGAAGCAAGUCGAUGCGAUUCUCGUCGACGCGGUCUGUGCGCUUUCUGCACGUUUCUCUACUCAUUCACUUUUGACGCAAGCCGGAAGUGAUGUCGGAACUGCAGCAAGUCCUGCAGAGUACGGGCAUGCCUUCGCACAGCGGGCGAAGGUUGCACUCAUCGAUACUUUCGCAUGUCCGAGCGUUGCGGCGGCGCAAGCAGCAUUGCUUCUCGCUUACAACGAGUUUGGGGAGCAGAGAGACAGCGGAUUAUGGAUGUAUCUUGGGAUCUCUAUCCGAUUGGCGCAAGAUCUGGGACUGCACAAGCUUGAGGGGCUCCAGUACGUGGGCAGGGAUGGACCCACCCCGAAAAUGAUGAAGCACGAAGCAUUCAAACCCACUACAGUAACGCCGAGCACAACAUCGUCCGAGGCAAUACCUGCGACGUCCGCUGCUAAGGGCAACGAGCAGACCACGGAAGAAACAGUUGCAAUCAGCGAGACCAGAGCGGUGGAACAAGAACGUGUUGACACGUUCUGGGCCAUUUUCUUCUUGGACCGGGUAAUCUCUUCCGGUACGGGCAGACGAGGGACUCUGCGCGACAAGGACAUCGAGAUCUCGUUCCCAUCAAUGGACGAGACAACUAAGGAUCCGGAUUGGCCGUCCCCAUUCCCAGCCCUGAUUCGCAUCGUACAUCUCUACGGGAGGGUCGCGGAUCUUCUAAACAGCAUAACCAAGCCAUCCGAUGUGACCACCGACACACCGAAACGUCUAGCCGCCAUGGAGAGCCAGGUGACUGCAUUUUACCAAGGACUCAAACCUCGGCUGCACUUUGAUGCUGUCAAUUUCCAAUACUAUAUGAAGGCUGGUGAGGGCACGAACUUUGUUUUGCUUCAUUUCUGGUUCCAUAUGCUUAUCGUGCUUUUGCAUCGGCCCACGCUGUUCAAGACCUUCGACGCGCGCAUCUUGCAGCUGUUUCCAAACUCGCAGCAGUUGUCCAUGAGCAGCGCCAAAACGAUUGCAGAUAUCUUGAGCUACUCUCAGCUGAUGGACGCGAAGGCCUCACUUGGAAAUCCUUUCACAACACAACCAAUUUACAUCGCAGCCUGCGCGUUUUUGAAGGAGACUGCAGAGCAGACGGCAACUAGUAAUGGCGUAAGUCGCGCUACUAGCCCGAGUAGAAGCAUCCACAACACCUCUGACAGCGCGCCGUCGACGAAUGGAACACCAUCUGACGCAAGCAAGAAGAUAUCGCAAUUGGCUAAGCACACGCUCCUUGCAACUGCUGCGAGCCAGCAUUACCAGCUGUGCUACAAGGCAUUGCAAUCUUUGGAGACGUACUGGGCUGGCACAAAGUACAUUCUCACGAUUCUCGACCAGAAAUUUGAAGGGGUGGAGGACCCGCUUUUAUACACGACCGAAGAAGGUGAAAGCUCCCUGGAACAGCCGCGGCCACAACCGUCGUUCACAUCGCCUGGUUGGCGGAGGCGUACAAGC